AUCGACAUAAAUGAAAGGGGAAGAGGUUUAAUUAUGGAUGUUGGAGGGAAGGUUUUAAAAGGGGGCAUUUUAGUCAUUUCAUAUUUUUAACCCUAAAUCACCUAAUUACUAACUUAUUAACGUCUGUUUAACAGACUUAAUCACGCCAGUUAAGAAGUCAAAAACUGGGGUGUAUCACCAGGAAGUCAAAAAUAAAAUGUGGUACCGCUGGGAAAAGCCAAAACCUGGAUGGUACCAAUGGGAAUUUCCCUAUUUAACAUAUAGACUUCCAAACAAUAAUUAAAAUAAAAAUUUAAAUAAAAAUAAUUAAAAUAACAAAAGUGCACAUUUUUAUGACAAAUUUAACAAGAUCUUACCAUAGAGUAUGGACCAAGUAUUUUUUUUUAAAAAAAAGACCAAAUUAGGUGGGAUUCAUAAAGAAAAAAACCUCUCCAAUGCAAAUCAAUAAUAAAAGUACAACUUUUGUAUAGUUGUUGUAUUAAAACUUGUAUUCAUAAAGAAAAAACUCUCCGCUCUACCAACUAAAAACCCUUCCAUCAAAACCCAAUAAAAAGCAAAGAAGAAAUAUUGAAUGAUUUUCCCUCUAUCUUCUACGCUACUAACUAACUAAAAAACAAACUAAAUUAAGAGAUGGCAUGUGUUAAUAAGUGGCUAAACCCCAUCAACACAACUAGGACGACGACGGCGAAAGACGAGGUGGAGGAGCCGCUAAGUCCGGCAACCCGUUUGUUUCAUGCGCCGCAGAUGAACUGCUGCAUAGUGGCGGUGGUUGGGUGUAAGACUUUGAUCAACGUUGAAGUUAUUAAACAAGGGAUUUAUCAAACUAUUGUUAAGCACCCUCGUUUCUCUAGCAAACUGGUAUUUGAUCCCAAAAAACCUAGUAGACCGGCUGGAUGGACCCGAACCAAGGUGGACGUGGACAACCACAUUAUUGUUCCAAGUUUAGAUUCAUACAUGGACUCACCCGAUCAAUUUGUUGAAGACUAUGUUUCAAGCCUUGCUCAAACUCCUAUGGACUUAACCAAGCCAUUAUGGGAGAUCCGCAUUCUAAGCAUCAAAACAAAGGAUGCUAAUUCGAUUGCUGUAUUCAGAAUACACCAUUCCGUAGGAGAUGGUAUCUCUCUUAUGUCCCUCGUACUUGCUUGUACUCGAAAAACCUCUGAUCCUAAUGCAUUGCCUACACUUCCUACAAAGGAUACGAAAAAGUUGGAUGACACAACGAAUAGUUCAUCAUUUUGUUUAUGGGGCUGCUUGAUGUGGUUGUUGCUUGCUUUCAAGAUGUUUUGGUACACUAUCAUAGAUUUAUGCAUGUUUUUUGCCACAAUGGUGUUUCUUAAGGACACCAUGACUCAUUUAAAAGGCUCUUCUGGAACCGGAAAGGCUCCUAAGAAGUUUGUUUAUAGAACUCUUAGUUUUGAUGACAUCAAGUUUGUGAAGAACGACAUGAAUGUGACAGUAAACGAUGUUGUUUUGGGUAUAACUGAAGCAGGGCUAUCACGUUACCUUAAUAGGAAGUAUGGUGAGUCCAAGGGAAAUGAAAAGGUGCAACAGAAUAAUUUGCCAAAGCAUAUUCGUCUCAGAUCAACACUCCUUGUAAAUAUCAGACCAACUUCCACGCUUGAGGAUUUAGCAGAACAAAUGGAAACAGAUGAUCCUAAUUUGAGAAACUGGCAAUGGGGGAACUCGAUAGGUUACAUCCUCGUUCCCUUCCACAUCGCGCUAAGAGAAGAUCCAUUGGAUUACAUACGCAGUGCUAAAGCCACCAUUGACAAGAAGAAACAAUCUCUUGAAGCGAUUGCCACAUUCAUAAGCGGUAAAAUUGUUCUCAAGAUUUUCGGCCUAAGGGUGGCUGCUGCUAUAGUAUACAGAGUUCUAUCCAAUACUACAUUUUCCUUCUCAAAUGUGGUCGGUCCAAAUGAAGAAAUAAGCUUCUAUGGUCAUCCCAUAACUUUCCUUGCUCCCAGUGUUUAUGGACACCCACAAGCUUUAACCGUCCAUUUUCAGAGUUACAUGGAUAAAAUGACUUUGGUUCUAGCAGUUGAUCAAAAUGUGAUCCCUGAACCACAACAACUAUGUGAUGAUGUUGUGGAAUCACUUGAAGUUGUAAAGCAAGCAGUCCAGAAGGAAAAAAACUUCAAUAUCAAUAUUUAGUUUCCAUGUUCUAUUUUUACCCAUUUCCCCCCCCCCCCCCCUAGGAGCAAUACUCAUUGAUAUAACUACAAGGUCUACAAGUAUACACAAUGAAAUGUUACAUGUUCCUUUCACUUUAAAUAAAAUAAAUUCAAAUAUUAUU